AUGUCGUACCUUCGGAACUUUUUCGGAGGAGGUGAGGAGCCGAGUGCUGAUAACUCCGAGCUCGUCGAGAAGUUCGUUGAACGCUUGGAGACCGCUUCUACGUUACCGGACAAAAGAAAUGCGUUGAAAGGACUUAGAUCUUGCGCCAAAGUAUGGGAUUUACUUAGUUCUUCGAUAUUUAGAGAAGCGCUGACUUAUUGUAUUGUCAUUGUUUAGAAUGCACGACUCUUGGUGGCUACUGCUGGAAUGCAUCUGUACAUGCAGAUUUUGGAUACGGAAGAGGAACUGGACAUAAUUGCUAUGGUAUUAGAGAUUCUGAAUGCUGUUUUGGGCGAUGAUGAGGACAAUCUUGAGGAAGAUAUCUGUGAUCGGCUAGCUGAAUUGAUUGUUCGCAAGCCCGUUUUUAUGCCAGCGAUUCUGAAAUGUCUUGAGAACGAUAAUUUUGCCGUCAGAAAGUAAGUUUUCUACUGUUGAUUUAUUAUAAUUUAGGAAUGCCAUUCAAUUGUUAACAACUUUAUUGAGACAUCGGGCUGGAGAAGUACAAGAAGCUAUUGUCAAAGACCCAACAGGAACGUCGAGGAUUGUUGAUCUACUCAAUGAACAGCGAGAAGUCAUCAGAAACCAUGUUGUCCUUAUGUUGAGUGAACUGAGCCGGGGAAAUAUUGCUCUUCAGCAGCUACUCGUCUUCCAAAAUUGUUUUCAAAUGUUAUUUGAGGUGAUUGAGAACGAGCCAGCGGACAGUAUUGUAGUGGAAGACUGUCUCUUUGUAAUACUGAAUCUUUUAAAGAAGAAUGCAAACAAUCAGGAACUUUUUAGAGAGGCCAGGUUUGUUUUCGUGAUAUUGUUUUAGACGUUUGGAUAGCAAAAUUUUUUAAAUGUUAUCAGCUGCUAUUAUUUUAUCUUCAAUUACAAUUUCAGCUUAAUUAAUCGCUUGCUAAAGCUGACGAAUGACUUCUUAUAUCCUCCAGAUGACUUUGAGGAGAGCCCGGAAGCCGAUUGGUUACCUCAGAAGACUGCCAAUUUUAUUUUUAUUUUGCAAGUGAUUAGGACCUUGGUAUCCCCUACUGAUAACACCCAUGCCAAUACUCAUGCUUCUCAAAGGGCCAUUCUUCAGACAGGUAAGAUGGCUACAUUUGUUUUAUUUUUGUUUGAUUUUAGGCCUAAUUCAAUUACUGGUAAAGACGUUAUUGUCCGAAUUUGUUGUUACUGUCGAUGUUUUGAGUGAGACGGCGGUCACUGUCGCUGAUGUGAUACGUGGUAACUAUGCGAAUCAACAGUUCUUGGCUUCAAGUACUAUUCAAACUCCGGAAGGUGAAAAGUAGGUGUAUUUGUAAUUAUAUAUUUUGUUGUUUAGAUCGGCAUUAAUGGUGCUUCUAAUGUCUAUGACCACCGAGAAACAGCUGUUCAGACUGCGAUGUUCUGUCUUUUAUUGCUUUUUAUGUUACUUGUAUGGAAAUGACACGGGAAAACAAAGAGUAUGGUAUCUUUCGUGGUGUUUUUAUAUGUAAAUUAUUGUAGAUUAUCAACUCGCUUCUUCCUACCGCUGAAUCUGAGGAUAAAGAGAAGAAUCUGGACGAUGACCUCUGGCAUUAUCUUUGCGCUGCCAUUAUCAGUGCCGAGUCUGUCCAAGUCUGGUUCGGUGCUGUUUGUUUGAUCUACACCUUAUAUGAUGCGGAUCAUCUUAAACCUCAAUUACUUCGAGUUCAGAUGUCCACAGUCCCAGGAGAAGAGCCCAGCUCUCUUCUGAAUCAUAUUGGAAAUCUCUUGGUAUCUUUGGGAGCAAGGAGAUUGCAAACAAGAUGCGCUUUGUUGAUGUUAUUGGGAGUAUGGCUUCAGAAUUGUGGGGAAGCUGUGGAAGAAUUCCUUCAUGACGACCGGUACUUGGAGUAUUUGACAUCACAUCUUAAUAACGCCAACACUGAGCUGAAAGAAGGAGAGAGUCAAGUUUUGAAGGGAUUGAUGGCUUUUGUUCUGGGAGUUUGUGUACAUUAUUAUGAUUCUGUUGAUAACGCCGGACGAAAGUAAGUGUUUUCAACAAUGGUUGACUCCUGUUUUAGGAAACAGUUGAUGGAUACGAUACAAAGAAGAGUGGGCUUGGACCAAGUGGCAGAUGGCCUGGAUUCCCUUUCCAAGUCCGAAUAUUACAUCAGAGCGGCUCAAAAACCGCUACCCUCGGGAACCACAGCCCAUGAUCUGCUCUUGGAGUAUCAAUUCACAAAGCUGUUUAAAAGUUCUGAAGGUAAUUUGACUUUAAUAUACAAGCGUGUCCAUAGAAAUUCCCCAAAAGUUUCUGUCGAUUUCUUGGCGCUCAGACAAGAUAUCCAAGAAACUCCUUUCGCAGUAGAAGGAAGGGAUUUUUUCGCCUAAAAAAAUUAAAAGUAGUGUAUUUGGCGGAGAGUUUGUGAUAGAUUUUUUGGUUAUCACACCAGUUUUAAACGCUUUAUUUAAAGCGAAAGUUUCUGGGUGCAUCCGCCGGCGAUAUUUAACAUUUUUUAAAGGGUCAAAACUUUUCCUCCGAUUUUUAAGAUGGUUUUUGAAAAUUGCCUCUGGAAUUUGAAAUACAACUAUAUGGUUUAUCCUGCUAUUUUAUUUUUUGUUACUAGGUUGUGAGUAGACGAUGUACCAAAUUUGGUCCGAAUUGGUACACUUUGGACCGAGUUAGAAGGGGGUCAAACUUUCAUUACCUUCGACAAAUGUUUGAUAAACACAAAAAAAUAAGCAAACAUCCUCUUUUCAGCCAUAGGAAAUCAAAAUAAACCGUUUAAGAUUAGUGUGAUGACCAAAAGAGCGAUCAAAAGUAUCCGUUGAAUGCACUACUUUCCGCGUUGGUGGAAUUUUUUUAGGCAAAAAACCGGCCAUUUUCUUUUCGACUGAAAAAUCAGUUUUUUGGAUAUUAGAAAUCGACAAAAACUUUGUGGAGGAAUUCUCUGGCCACCCUGUACUGUAACUGCCGUUUUAGGCAUCUUGAUGAAGAUCUUUCGCCCCAAUGGCGAUUACCAAGCCAAUCCGUCGAACACUGAGGCUGUUGUAACGUCGUAUAAGAAGCUGAUAAAACAACAAGAUGAACAGAUCGCCCAGUUGAGACAAGAGUUGGAUCGAGCGAAGCUGACGAGCAAGGAAAAUGGGACUCCACCCGACCAAGAAGUAUGGGAAUUUGUGGACAUUGUGCGGUUUCUUUUCUUUGUGUUUCAUCUUCAUAGCUUGUUUUUGUUGCUACUGAUUUUAUUUGAUGUUUUUAGCCUAAAGGAAACGAUCAGAAAACCGCGGAAAUCCAAGAAUUACAGAAUGAAUUGAGUAAAGUCAAAGAGAGAUUACGUCUGAAGGAAGAAGAAUGCAUCAGGUUUUCUGGAUUGGCCAUACAAGCGGAACAGAUGGCAACGUAAGUUGACAGUCGUUGCUUCUUUUCGUGUUUUUCUAUGUCGUACCCCUCCCCUGCCCCAGAAAAGCUCCCCAGAUACGCCUCUGGUCAUAAUAAAGUUACUUUGUAGAGUGGCACGGCAAUGGCAAUCAGAAGCAGAGCGCUACAAGGCAUUUGCCGAGCAAUGGCAGACAUAUCAACUUGCACAACUCCCUAAUCCUCAGGACGCCGUCAUUGGACAGCUAACUUCACAGAUUGCUCAGAUGGAACAGCAAUUAAAAUACGGAUGGGAAUGCUUCGAAGGGCAGAGUAAAACAUACACACAGGCGGUGGAGGAGCUGGAGCGAACCAAAGUGGAAGUUCAGCGACUGAACGCAACUCUCGAUGACGCAAAUAAACAGUUAACUACUUCAUCAUUCAAGGAACUGGUGAGUAGUAAGAGUUUUUUUAUAGUUGUUGAAAAAUAUUACAGAACUUAAUUGGUUAUGUAUUGUAGAUAAGUGCCAAGAAUGAAUUGAAUUCCAUCAGACGAGAGCAUGACGACACCCUUCUUCUUCUUGCUGAGCAAGACGCCAAGCUGACCAAUUACCGAAGAAGACUCCGAAAAUACAAUGAGCCAGUUACCGAUGACGAGGAGGACUUGCAGGCGCAAAACUAUCAGCCUCAAGUCUAA